UACAGUUACAGUAACAGUUUCAAUUACUUCGGCCUCCGCUGCCACGUCCCGGAAAACUCGAUUACUUGUAGAAUCCUGGGAUCGCAGAACCACCGCCGGCGGGCAAAAAUAACAUAACAUUAUUUGACCAAAAGGAAAAAUAAUAAUUAAAUAAAAACAAACCAAACCAAACGAUUUUUGUUAAUGUUAAAAGGAGUGACAAGUGUAACCAUGAUCAAAAUUAGGCAGGCGGCCUAAAGCAAUUCCCACAAAUAACCAAAAAUAUCAAUCACCUCUACUAAGCGGAAACGAAAUAAAAAUAGCCAGUCCAUCAUGCAGAGUUCAAAAUCAUUUUUAAUACGAGAUCUUUUGGGGGAUUUGAUCACGCGACGACAAACAGACUCUGAGCUCGAGCUCUCCAAUGAUGACUCGGACAUAGACAUCGAGGACCGAUCCACGCCAGACUCAACGGCUCCCGGUUGCCAGCAGGAGCUGCUGCUUGCACACCAUCACCACCACCGGCAUCGAUUCACCCACCACGACGAGUCUAGCGUAGAGUCUUGCGGCUCGGCCACACCGCGGCCAGAAUCGGGUUCCGGCUCUGGCGGAGCUAAUACUGGCGUGGCCGUGGGCAUGGCCUCCGGACUGAGUGCAGCGGCAGCGGCGGCGGGUGUGGCAGCGGGUCUACUUGCGGCGGCGGCCUCCGGCGGCGAAGCCAAUGGGGGCGGAGCAGGAGGAGGCACAGGGGGAGGCGGCACUGGUGGCUACGCGGAACACAAGCUGCAGCUGAGCAAGAGCGGACGCAAGCCCCGUCGACGUCGCACUGCCUUCACACACGCCCAGCUGGCCUAUUUGGAGCGCAAGUUCCGCUGCCAGAAGUACCUCAGCGUGGCCGAUCGCAGCGAUGUGGCCGAGACCCUCAACCUUUCCGAGACGCAGGUGAAGACCUGGUACCAGAACCGCCGCACCAAGUGGAAGCGGCAGAAUCAACUGCGCCUCGAGCAGUUGCGUCACCAGGCGACUCUGGAGAAGGACUUUGUGGUGCAGGAUGGCGGCAGCGGCGGUGGUCCCGGCGGAUUGGGUUGCUGUCCCACCGGCUUGAGCAGCUCCUUCAGUGCCGCUGCCGCUGCUGCAGCGGCCGCUGGGAAUCCAUGCAAUUUUCUUACUUCUGCCGCAGCGGCUGCCAUUUUCCGGAACGUGGGCUAUGUCCACGGCUGUCCCAUGUAGGAGUCGCGCCUGGAAGAAGAAGCCCUACCCAUUGCCACCUCCCGGAACCACUCCAGCUUCCAGUUAAUCAUACAGUUGCCUCUGUGUACAUAAUAUACAUAAUAUAUAUAGGAAAAACAGUUCUUGUGCAAUAAUAACCAACCGAUGAUAAUCGAGAUCGAAGACGAUGAGAUGUCGAUGUCGUUGUCAAAUGCCAGCAGUAUUUACCAAGCGUACCCGAUAUUAUUAUUAUAAAACAUGUAUUUAACGAUAAUCAUAAAUUAGGCUUAGUCAAAUUAACUGUAAAAUACAUAA